AUGGGGCCAGGCCUGGGGCAGCAGCUCAGCACCUCCAACACGUCUUCCAGAGAUUACCUCCCUAAAGUAGCUCUACGGGCUGGGACCCUCCAGCCCGUGCCCAGCUCUCAGCGCCCCUGGCUCGCCUCAGCAUCCAGGACAGCGGGGAUCCCCAGGCGCGGGCGCGCCGCUCCGAGCCCCCUGCGGCCCCCGCGCGCCGCCACCCUGGAGGCCUUCGGGGGGCAGCUCACGGGCCACGCCGGCCGCCUGUGGGAGCGCCUGCGGCGCUUCUGGGCCGACCACUGCUCGCGGCGCUUCUCGCCACGGCGGCCGCCGCUGCGCCGCAUCUCGUCCCUGUCCACCUUCUACCUGCUGGACCACCGCACGCGCCAGGCCGAGCUGGGGCUCAGCUACGGGGCGCCGCGCACGCGCCUCAGCGACCACGCCUUCGUCUUCCGCGGCGGCCGCUGGGCGCUCGAGGGGCCCCCGGGCGGGGCGGGCUGGAGGGCGCAGGUGCAGCGCGGCAAGGGCCAGGUGCUGCUGGAGGAGAACAACUACCUGAAGCUGCAGCAGGAGCUGCUCAUGGACAUGCUCACGGAGGCCACGGCGCGCAUGCGCCUGCUGGAGAAGAAGCUCGACGCGCAGGACAGCCCCGCGCCCGCCGCGCGCGCCUGGCAGAGGAAGCUGCGCACGCGCGAGGGCGCCGGCGGCGUGCUCAUGCUCGAGCCGCGCGCUCUGGAGUCGCGGUGA